AUGGUGUCGCGGCUGAUGGAGGCGCUGAGCAUGCUGUCCAUCCACUUCGUCGUCGCGCCCUACGAGGCCGACGCCCAGCUCGCCUUCAUGUGCCGCGUCGGGUGGGUGCACGCGGUGAUCUCCGAGGACAGCGACCUGCUCGCCUACGGCUGCCCGAACACCUUCUUCAAGAUGGACAAGUACGGCGACGGCCAGCGCAUCGCGCUGCCCUGCCUGCAGCCGGGGCACGCCGUGGACGGCCCGGACCCCGCAGACGACGAGGAGCUGCCUGACGCCGACGUCGACGGGGAGGAGGGCGAGGGAUCCGACCAGGAGGCCGGCGGCGCCGCGGGGGCGCCCGGGGAGGAAGGCGGCGCGGCCGCCGACGAG